UCCGGGUAGCGUAAUGUUGACGCAAUCAGCUGAAAGUUGUUGAAGCUGCGGGUUUAAUUUCUCUCUCCUCAGACGGUUUGAUGAGACGGAUCAGCGUGCGCUGAGGUCAUCAGUGAGAUCAUGGCCAGUGCCGCAGCGAGUGAGAGUCCAGCAGGAACAGAGAACAGCAGCAGUGGGACUCAGGACGGCACCUUUGAGUGUAACAUCUGCCUCGACACAUCUAAAGAUGCCGUCAUCAGCCUGUGUGGACACCUGUUCUGCUGGCCGUGUUUGCAUCAGUGGCUGGAAACCAGGCCGAACAGACAGGUGUGUCCCGUGUGUAAAGCAGGAAUCAGCCGAGAGAAGGUGAUCCCGCUGUACGGCAGAGGCAGCACCGGCCAACAGGACCCCAGAGAGCGGACUCCUCCACGACCGCAGGGACAGCGGCCCGAACCCGAGAACCGAGGCGGGUUUCAGGGCUUCGGCUUCGGAGACGGAGGCUUCCAGAUGUCGUUCGGGAUCGGGGCUUUUCCUUUCGGGAUCUUUGCCACGGCGUUCAACAUCAACGACGGAAGACCACCUCCAGCGGCCCCAGGGACCCCCCAGCACACGGACGAGCAGUUCCUGUCCCGCCUCUUCCUGUUGGUGGCGCUCCUCAUCAUGUUCUGGCUGCUGAUCGCCUGAACACACGGCAAACAUGCUUCUCUUG